UCUAUCUUAUUCUUUAAAUUAAAUUAAUGAAUGAUUACAAAUGAUUGAAAAUGAGUGUAACAUUACAUACUGACAUUGGGGAUAUAAAAAUUGAAUUAUUUUGUGAGCUGUGUCCAAAAACAUGUGAAAAUUUUCUUGCAUUGUGUGCUAGCAAUUAUUAUGACAAUUGCUUAUUUCAUAGAAAUAUAAAAGGAUUUAUUGUGCAAACUGGAGAUCCUACACAUACUGGUAAAGGUGGAACAUCAAUAUGGAAUCGUCCAUUUGAAGAUGAAUUUAAAGAAGAAUUAAGACAUAAUGCGAGAGGAUUUGUUUCUAUGGCUAAUAAUGGUCCAAAUACAAAUGGAAGUCAAUUUUUUAUAACAUAUGGGCCUCAACCACACUUAGAUUUAAAAUAUACUUUAUUUGGAAAGAUAAUAGAUGGCUUAGAAACCCUUGAACAACUAGAAAAAUUGCCAGUAAAUCCAAAAAAUUACAGACCUCUUACAGAAACUCGAAUAAACAAUGUAACUAUACAUGCUAAUCCUUUAGCAGGAUAAAUGUAAAUGUGUUAAUUAAAUUUUAUAAUUGUUGAUUAUAUUUGUUUUAAAUUUUAUAAAUAAUCUUUUAAUAGAAUCAAAUAUAUUUUAAAAAUAAA